AUGGCCGGGCCGCAUAGAACGCCAAACUACCUGCACGAAGGAUGCACUGCACGCGUCGUCUGGGCAGCUCAUAUCCUCUCUUACCUUAAAGACAACCAAAACCACGAGGAGCUACAUGAAGCGGAGAAUGAGGUGGAAUGCGGCAGCAAUACAGAUGAGUCGAGCGAUUGUGAAGCAGACUACGAGACAGAGAAGAAGGUGGUUCUAUCAGGUCCUCGAAAUUCAGUUCGCCAGAAAUUUCUGGACUGUAUUGCGCAGCUGCUGUCGCCAUGCAAGGGAUGGGAUGGGGUUACCACAGCGGCGAUACGCGAAGGGGAAGACGGAGUCGAGGUGGAUGUUGCAAGGAACGAUGGCUUUCAUUCUGAUGAAGAUUGCCUUGACAGUGAAAUUACGGGUUACUGCAAGAUGUUGGAGGUAUAUCUGGCUGAUAGUACUGGCGCUGGGAUAGGGACGAACACAACUGCAGCUUCGUCAACAGAAUUCGAGCUUAAGGUGAUAGACUACACAUCCCGCCGGAUCGAUCAUUGGAUUGAAAUGAUCCAGAAAACCCUAGGAAUCGUCCAGAAUUGCCCUGACUGGAACUCUCAACGGUGGCUUGGGCAGGAGGCUGCAUUCAAGGCUUGGACGACCAUGACGGAUCUUAUACGACAAUUUGAUGCCGAUAACGAAACAGUUCGACAGUUCUUUGCGAACACCUUCGGGACCCAAGCUGGCUUGAAGCUGUGGAGCAAGUUAAACUUUAUCGCCAGGCCUCUGGUCGACUGCCGAUUAUUGAGAUCAAUAGCUGCCCGGGAGCAACAGUUGCGAUAUUGCAAGAUUUCACUGGUUCUGUCCAAACCGAAGACAACACUGGAAACCAUAGACGUGAUUGGGAUAUUCGAGGCGUGGGAACAACUAGGACUAGGCCCCACUCCUGAACCCGUGUUCCGAAGGCUUCAUUCAUUUAGUCAAAUGUUUGAAACAGCCUGUGCAGAGUCAUUUUCUCUGCAUGCUGAGAUGCAGCUAGUGAUGCACUACGAGGAGAGAUGUGCACCUCGGCCUACUCUAAGCUACUUUGGAUGCAGUAAAAAGACUUGCUUGCUCUGUGAAACUUUUCUUGGCGCGUUCCCGAGUUCAAUUGCCACACGUGGAAGGCAUGGAGUUUGUUAUCCUGCCUGGGCUGUACCAGGCUCGAAUUCAGGUGCCGUAGAGUUUGCCAUUGAACGGUUAGAGAAGAGCCUUUUAGCUCGUAUUCGAGGGAUUCUCAACGAUUUGAUGCACCCUAGACAGAAAAGCCACGCUGCGAAUGUCAUGCAAUCCGGCAUGGUGUCGAACUUUUCGCACCUUACGCUUGAAGAAUGGAAGCAGAGAGAACAAGAUGUGCAGCGGUUUAAGGACAAACAGACAAUCCAGCGUAAUGACCUGCUGAUUAUUGAAGGAAUUACCCCAAAUACAAAGCCAAAAUAUCGCCCACUCGACAAUUUCGAACCUAAGGAUUGUUGCGUGAUGUGUAAUACAAGCCCGGGAAUCCAAUGUGUACAAUGUCGAAGCACAUACUAUUGUUCCAGAGACUGCAAGAAAAGUGACUUCCCUUCACAUAGCCUUCUCUGCAAACAGUUCGCUAUUCAGCCCGAUAGACCCUCUCCGGAACACAAGCGGGCCAUAUUCUUCCCAGUUGAGAGCGACAAGCCAUGUUUGAUAUGGGUCCCAUGUACACGCCAAUACGAUGAAGAGGAUGGCAUUGGAUGGACAUGGAUUGAUCCUUAUCCCUACCUUGGAACUGAUAAACCGUUGAAAGGGACAAUGCGCAUUGAACAUAAUCCAGUACGAUGUCGAAACCUGGGCUCUGGGCUUGCAAGAUUUGCUCCGUGCCAGGAGGGAUACUGUGUCUCAUUGAUACAUCGCGACGCCUAUUUGAAGGACGGGUCAACCACAAAUAGAAGUAUAUCAGCUUCUGUGAUGGCAUCCUGCACCUCCACCAUCCCACAUGAAUAUCGCGGUCCCAUGAUUGCCUUGCAAGAAAUUCGCCACGGACACUAUGCCGAUAUAACACUAGCUGACUUCCGACACCUAAUGGAUUACUUAACAAGCUAUCGAAAAACGCAUGUCAGGGAAAGUGUCCCAGAUCUGCUACACCGCGCCCCAACAACCUUCCGCGGCGUGAAGAUUUGCUGUCACGGUGAAGAAAAAGUUCAUGGGUCAGAGCCCUUCGUUUCCGUCGAAGUCACCCGAGCAAACCAGAGCUCCCUGGGCAGCGGAUCUAUCUCACCGAUAUCUGUCUGCCUCGGUAUGCCUUUACGGUUGUGGAAGGACCCGGAUACCGAGUUCCGCCAUAACCCGCCAGGAUGGGAGGGGGGCACGAUGGCAUACAGUAAUCCUAAUGUUGUGUUCUUGAUGAUGGAAACUAAUUCUUCCAAGGACGAGUGGGGCUGGGCGCCCAUGUACUGGAAUAGCAAGAUAGGGAAUGUCUGGGCUGUUCGUGAAGACGGGCAGGAUCUGGCUGUGAAAGAUGUCGCAAUGAUGUGCAAUUUCGCGAGGCGGAAACUACAGUGUAUGUUUGAAGAGGUGAUGGAAUUGGGUUCGAGCUCAGUGAAUAGGCAGAGGGUUUUGGGUUUCAUUACUUGGGAUAAUAUGAUUACUCAUUGGGAGGAGACUUGUGGGCAUUAG